AACAAUACUAUGACGUCAUAUAGACUAAUUUGCUCGCAGGUCCUGAAAAAAGAGCCCCCGACGUACCUCCGAUAGCUGAUGUUUAUCUAUACUUAGCACCCAGUUCAGAGCAUUUCAAGCUCACCAAGGAGAUGGUGACAUCCGGUGGAGUGUAUCUCAUUGGCACCACUCCCGGUAUCCUAUCACAUCAGACACACCUACAAACACACAUCCAGUGAGUCGUCUACUCUUCCUGGACCAGUCUCCCAGAGACCGCUGCAGGGCACCAUGACUCUAGGGAUGAAAGGCACACCCACUGGGGCAGGGGACACCACCCCAGAGACCUCGCCCGUUGUUCCGCCACACCCAUCGCCGUCUCAUCCACCAGCCAACCAUCCACCUGAGCCGACAGAAGGAGGUAGCGAUGGUGGUGAUGAGAACAUUGAUAUGGAGGAGCCUCCGUUCCCUGUCGAGUCGCUGAAUCGUCUAGAUGAGAUGAUCAACAAGCCAAGAUGGGUCAUCCCUGUUCUGCCUAAGGGAGAGCUGGAGGUUCUUCUCGAGGCUGCUAUUGAACUCAGCAAAAAAAACCUUGAUAUUCGCAGUGAGUCAUGCCAGAGGUUCUUCAGAGACGGGUUAACAAUCUCCUUCACUAAAAUCCUCACUGAUGAAGCCGUUAGUGGAUGGAAGUUUGAAAUCCAUAGGUGCAUUAUGAAGAAUACAGAGAAACUGAUAGAGCUGUGUGUGAGCAAACUAUCUCAGGACUGGUUUCCCCUCCUAGAACUACUAGCUAUGGCUCUUAAUCCACUCUGCAAGUUCCAUGUGUUUAACGGCUCAAGGCAAUCCGAAACAGUUCCAAUGGGUUCCCAGCUGAACAAUAACGAAAUCUUUGCCAGACCCCCAGACAUCAGAAAUCCAAAGGGAUGGUUGGUAGACCUGUUGAAUCGGUUUGGAGCACUCGGUGGAUUUGAUAUUCUUCAGGAAAGAUUCUUAGAUGAAAGCCAAUCUCUCAACGUACCAAUUAUUCAUGCUUUACUCAGGCCUUGGGGUCAGUGCUAUGAACUUAUCACUCAACACACUGUACAAACUCAUUUCAUGCCCAUUGUGGAUCGUGUUGUGGCAUACUUGGAUGGUCUUUCGGAUGAUGAACUAAAGAAGGAGUCCAAGAACGAAGCAAGGAACGAUGCUCUUUCAUCUAUCAUAAAGGCACUGCGGAAUCUGGUCUCGAAGGUUCCCAAUCAAGAGGAGAAAAUCAAGAGUUUAGAGAUGUUCAGACUCAAGAUGAUCUUGAGGUUGCUACAAAUAUCGUCUUUCAACGGGAAGAUGAACGCACUCAAUGAGGUCAAUAAGGUCAUAGCCAAUGUGACAUACUACACGCACAAACAGACAGGCAUGGACGAGGAGGAGUACCUUACUGCGGAGAGGAUGGCUGAGUGGAUUCAAGAGAAUAAAGUGUUGAGUAUUGUUCUACGAGACAGUCUUCAUCAGCCUCAGUAUGUUGAGAAGCUAGAGAAGAUUCUUAGAUUUGUCAUCAAAGAAAAGGCCCUCACCAUGGAAGACUUGGACAACAUCUGGGCUGCACAGGUUGGGAAACAUGAAGCAAUUGUAAAGAACGUCCAUGACUUACUAGCCAAGCUUGCCUGGGACUUCUCUCCUGAACAACUAGAUCAUCUCUUUGAUUGCUUUCAGGAGAGUUGGGCCACUGCCAGCACCAAACAGAGGGAGAAGUUACUGGAGCUAAUCCGUAGACUAGCUGAAGAUGACAAAGAUGGUCUCAUGGCCCAUAAGGUCCUGUCCCUACUCUGGACCCUGGCCCAUCAACAAGAUGUCCCUACAGACAUCAUGGACCAGGCCCUACAUGCCCACACCAAGAUCCUGGACUAUAGCUGUUCACAGGAUCGAGACUCUCAGAAGCUUCACUGGAUAGAUAAGUUUGUGGAGGAGCUGAGGAAAGAUAGUUGGGUCAUUCCGGCUCUCAAACAGAUCAAAGAAAUAUGCAGUCUCUUUGCUGAGGCACCACAAAACUACCCUACUGCCCAGCGUAGCUCCCAUGUGCAAUAUCGGCAUGAUGUCAUCAACUCGCUGCAAACAAAACAUUCGCUGGUCACCUUGGUGGCCGAGAACCUGUCCACUUACAUGAAUCGUGCAAGGCAGUUUGCCAAGGAAAACCCAGAUCCCCAUAAUAUAUCACCAAACAGCAGGUAUAGUCAUGUACAACAAGUCCAGGAGAGACUCAAUUUCUUGAGGUUCCUAUUAAAAGACGGCCAGCUGUGGUUGUGUGCACCCCAAGCCAAAGAAAUCUGGAAUUGUUUAGCUGAGAAUUCUGUCUAUGUUAGUGACAGAGAAGCAUGCUUCAAAUGGUUUUCAAAGCUGAUGGGGGAGGAGCCUGAUCUUGAUCCAGAGAUAAACCGGGAUUUCUUUGAAGAUAACAUCCUACAGCUGGAUCCAGCACUGCUCACAGAGAAUGGCAUCAAAUGCUUUGACCGCUUCUUCAAAGCCGUCAACUCUAAGGAGGGCAAGUUGGUGCCCAAGAGACGAGCAUUCCUGAUGGACGAUCUUGAGCUGAUAGGUCUUGACUACCUAUGGAGGGUGGUCCUCUGCGCGGGAGAUGAGAUAGCCCUGAAAGCCAUCGAGCUACUCAAGGAAACCUACACAAACCUUGGACCAAAGCUGCAGGCCAGUCAGAGUGAUAUACAUGAAGAUUUUAUCCAGUCUUGUAUGGACAGACUGAAAGCUAUGUACGACACACUCAGGAUACUAGAGACAGACAAGGAAUGUGCAGAUAAGGUGCAACACGAAGCCACAAGAAUGACCAGAAUACUGACCAUCUUGAGAGAGUAUAUCAGUGAAUAUGACCUGGACUUCACAGAGGAGAGAACCAUAUUACCUAUGGCAAGAGCUCACAGGGGCAAGCAUGUGACCCUCAACGUGAGGUUUCCCAAUCAGGGCAGGCAGGUGGAUGACAUUGAUAUAUGGUCUCAUACCAAUGAAUCCUUGGCAUCGGUCAGGAGACAGAUCUUACUCAGAGCGAAAGCUAAUUUAACGACGACCCGGUUAGAUCUUUACAUCAAUGGUGAGCUUCUAGAUCCUGCUGAAGACAGGCGAUUGGUUGGAGACAUUCCUCUAAGAGACCGAACACUGAUAACAGCGAAGCUGUGUCAGGUGGGGUCCAAUAUGCCAUCGUCACCUGAUAGUUCAUCGGAUUCAUCAGGUGGAUCACCGCAUCAUCCUUAUGAUGGACCCAACGUGGAAGCUGAGAAAUGUCUUCCAGGAGUGCUGAUGUCUUUGCAACACACCUAUGUGGAGUUCUUAUUUCACCUAUCUGACUUGGGCUGUAAUCUCAAUAUUAGUCCACUCAGGGAAGGGGCUAGAGCAUUACUUAAAAUCAUCCCAGCAGAUGUGACUAUAGUCGAUAAACUGAUAGAGAUUUGUCGGAACAAUGCCAAGCUAGGAGAACAGUCGUCAUCUCCAUCCUUAGAGUCUCUCUUCUUUGGGUCAUCUUCAUCUCAGGUUCUAUAUCACCUUGAGGUUGUGUACUCAUUACUUAUGCCAGCCAAACAGCCACACAGUGAACCAGCAUUUGAUUUCCAGUACAAUUUCUUGAAAAGUGGUGGAGUAUCUGCAGUCAUGAACAUGCUGACGAAGAAUAAUUUCUUGCCUAAUGCUGAUAUCGAGACAAGGAGGUCUGCUCUUCUUAUGGUGCUGAAGGUGGGCAAGCUCAUGUUUACAACGCUAGCCUACGCCCGCAUCACGGCGGUAGCCGAGGCCUGUCAGACAGACCCUGCCGGUGGUCCCAGCCAGUCGGCCGUCUCUCAGACCACGCACACCCAGGCUGUGGUACUACAGCAGGCCAUGCAGCAUAUCCCCAAUCCUAACGCAGAGUGUGUGCUUAGAAAUGUUGCUGUACGGCUGGGAAGACAGGCAGCUGAAGAGGCCAAGACGGAUACCCUAGAUCUAAGUGUUGUGAAAGCAAUCAAGAAGAUCGCUUGGUCUGCUGGCUGCGGAUGUUCCCAUCUCCUUCAUGGCUCAAACGAAGAGGUUCAUAAAUCCUUUGAGAAGGCUGAUAGCGGUGAAGCGGACGGUGAUGACGCGGCAUUGUGUCGGGAAGCACUGGAGGUGUUGACAGUAUGCCUAGCUCUUUGCCCUCAAGCGUUGGACGCACUCAACAAGGACAAGGCCUGGCAAUGCUGUAUAAUAGAUCUUUUACUUCUAGCAAAGACAAGGUCUGUCCGUGUGUCUGCUAUGGAACAGUUUCAGCUGAUAGCUACCAAGUGUUCAUCGGGUCAUCGCCCUCUUAUCUUCUUCAUCACACUCUGUUUUUCAGUCCUUCAGAACAAGACAAAAGAGCAUCCAGGCUCCUGUAGUGAAUACUUUCUGUUGCUAUGUCGGUUGCUAAACUAUGGUUACGUGUCAAACAGUUCCAUGCCCAAUGCUGAGGCUCUCCUCAACAAUGAAAUUGACUGGCUUAAGAAAGUUAGGGAUGGUGUAUUGACGACAGGAGAGUGUCUAUGUGAAGAGACGUUAUUGGAGGGUCAUCUAGGUAUUACAAGAGAACUCUUGGCUUUCAUGACGAGCGAGAAGAAGUUCCAGGUUGGAUCUAAGAAAGAUGGCUGCCAGUUGAUUAAAGAAUUAUUGGAUGACUUCCUGUUCCCGGCAUCAAAGAUCGUCGUUCAGACAUUAAAGAACGGAGCUGAGACGCCGCUAGAUCCUGUCAUUCCAGUGUGCACGACCCCACCCACAAUAAACGCUGCUUUUGAUCUACUGGUGGCACUGUGCAUGAACUGCGUACCCAACCUCAAGCUUGUCACUGAUACGCUCACUGACAUGUACUAUUCAGGUAAUGAUGCACCCUUGACAGAAUGGGAGUACCUGCCGCCUGUUGGCCCAAGACCUAAUAAAGGCUUUGUGGGACUAAAGAAUGCUGGAGCAACCUGCUAUAUGAACUCUGUCUUACAACAGAUAUACAUGGUUCCCGAGAUUAGACGAGCAGUUCUCUCAGCAGAGGGCGCUAUAAUAGACACGGAAGAUGAUUUCUACAAUGACGAGAAACAAGAUAAUGAGAGUAAUAUAGAUAUCGUAGAAUCGGAGGUCGGUAGCUCAGUCAUCGAGGAAGGUCCACCGAUGAGCAAGCAAGAAGAGACCAAAGAAUACAACCUGGGUGUCCUGAAGCACGUCCAAGCCAUCUUUGGCCACUUGGCAGAGAGCAAACUCCAGUACUAUGUACCUAGGGGAUUCUGGAAGCAAUUCAAAUUGGCGGGUGAACCUGUGAAUCUUCGAGAGCAGCACGAUGCUUUAGAGUUCUUCAAUAGUCUGGUAGACAGUCUUGAUGAAGCCCUCAAGGCUCAUGGAGCCAAUGCCGUCUUUGCCAAAGUACUUGGUGGCUCUUACGCCGAUCAAAUGAUAUGCAAAGAUUGCCCCCAUAGGUAUUCCAGAGAGUCGAUGUUUACCACCUUGAAUGUGGACAUUCGCAACAAUCAAAACCUGUUAGAUUCACUGGAGCAGUUUGUCAAGGGAGACUUACUAGAGGGGGACAAUGCAUACAGGUGUGAAAAGUGCAACAAAAAGGUUGACACUGUUAAACGUAUGUGUAUCAAGAGGCUACCGAAGGUCCUUGCUAUUCAGCUGAAGAGAUUUGACUAUGACUGGGAACGGGAAUGUGCAAUAAAGUUCAAUGACUAUUUUGAGUUUCCCAAAGAAUUUGACAUGGAUCCUUACACUGUGGAGGGGCUUGCGAAAAUUGAAGGUGAGAUCAUCCAGGAUGACGAGAGAGAGAAUAGUGAGGAAGAAGAGGAAGGAGGAUCAAGAAGUACCAAGUAUAGAUUAGUAGGAGUCGUUGUACAUAGCGGACAAGCCAGUGGUGGACACUAUUAUUCAUACAUUCUACAUAGGAACGGUGGUGACGGGAACCAGCAGGGUAAAUGGUAUAAGUUUGAUGAUGGAGAAGUGACAGAGUGCCGGAUGGAAGAUGAUGAGGAGAUGAAGAACCAAUGUUUUGGAGGAGAGUUCAUGGGUGAAGUCUUUGAUCACAUGCUAAAAAGGAUGUCAUACAGAAGACAGAAGAGAUGGUGGAAUGCCUACAUCUUACUCUAUGAAAGGAUGGAUAAUAACAAGAAGGAACUUGACAAGGAGUUUGAAGGUCUCACAAUAGCCCCUAAGAUGCUGUACAAGAUGCCUCCGGCCAUCCAGCGCAGUGUCCGCAAGCAGAACAUACAGUUCAUGCAUAGCCGCAUGCAGUACAGUCCAGAAUACUUUCAGUUUGUACGAAAGCUGGUCACCUGCAAUGCAGGGCUCUUCAAUCCACCACAGGGUCAGGAGCUGCAGCUGACAACUGAGUCUGAGGAGCUAGCAAUGCUCAGUAUUCAGCUAGCAUCAAGGUUUCUCUUCACAGUCGGUCUUCAUACCAAGAAAACACUCAGAGGGCCGGCCAACGACUGGUAUGACGCCCUCUAUAUCCUCCUGAGGGUCAGUAAGAUGGUACGGAGGUGGUUUGCACAAAACAUGCUCUUCUCAGAACCAGCCAGGUUCUCGGAGUAUCUCCUAGAUUGUCCAAGCUCAGAGGUGAGGAAUGCCUUUGCUAAAGUGAUUGUCAUCCUGGCCCACUUCUCUCAGCAAGAUGGAGCAUUUCAGCCAUCCUUACAAGGGUCGGUGUCACCUGACAGCUCAACAACGCUAAGCAAUCACCUGUUGAGGGCAGUAUUAGAUCUAUUAAAGAAGGAAGUGUCUGAGCAUGGUAGACACCUGACGCAGUACUUCCAACUCUUCCAGAUGUACGCUAAUCUAGGAGUUGUCGAGAGGACACAACUGCUGAAGUUGAACGUUCCUGCGACGUUCAUGUUAGUAGCCCUAGAUGAAGGACCGGGUCCCCCCAUCAAGUACCAGUAUGCUGAACUGAGUAAGCUCUACUCGGUCGUCUCUCUUCUUAUCAGAUGCUGUGACGUCUCUUCCAGGACGAAGUCAUCCAUGGCGGGUGCCAAUCCUCUACCCAACCCUCACGGUGACCACAUGUGCUCCAAGCCUAUCAUGGCUAUUCAGCCUCAGGUAGCGGAUCUUCUCUUCUCACGUGGGGCCUACAUCAAGAAACUCAUCGAGGACUGUAAUAACUCAGAAGAGACGCCCAAACUUCUCAAAUUUUGCAGCUGGGAGAAUCCAAACUUCACGUUGGUUGUUCUAGGUGAACUCCUGUGGCAGGUUGCCUACUCCUAUACCUACGAGCUCAGACCUUACAUGGACCUCCUACUACAGAUCCUGCUCCUGCAGGAUUCCUGGCAGAACCAUCGCAUCCUCAAUGCCCUCAAAGGAAUCCCAGAUGAUCGUGACGGCCUCUUCGACACGAUCCAACGUUCGAAGACGCACUAUCAGAAGCGUGCGUACCAGUGCAUCAAGUGCAUGGUGGCGCUGUUCAGUAAUUGCGAGGCGGCGCACAGAUUGCUUCAGUCACAUGGCGAUCUGAAAAGGAAGUGGAACUGGGCUGUGGAAUGGCUUGGAGAUGAAUUAGAUAGGAGACCGUACUCUGGCAACACACAGUACACCUACAACAGCUGGUCACCCCCAGCUCAAAGCAAUGAGAUAUCCAAUGGGUACUUCCUAGAGAGGUCACACAGCGCUCGUAUUACGCUAGAGAAGGCUUGCCAGCUCUGUCCUGAAGAGGAACCGGAUGAACCCGAGAUGAUGGAUGAGCACGAGGGUUCCGAUCCCCAGGACGAAGCCCCCGUCCCAUCGACGUACCCGCAAUCCCUACCACACCUACAGACGGCUCCCAACAACCAGCAACAGCAGCAACCCAGUCCACCACCGUCAUCCUCCUCCUCAACGUCGUCAUCGCAGCAACAGUCGCAGCAACAGCCACCAGUCACAGCGCAAAAUAGCCAGAUGCAGCCACAAGUGCCCAACAACCAGCAACCGGCCCACAAUGCUCCUCCAAACACGGGCGGCCAGGUUGGGAGUCUUCACAAGCACCCAAACACCAUCAACAACACCCUCCAUAGUCCGGAGCAGGGCGGCACCACCAGCCCCACCACCUCCACUCCUGGAUCCAACCCCCAGACGAGCCCACUAGAGGGGCAGCUAGAUGAGAAGACGGAAGGGGGCAACAACAAGGAGACUUAGCUGGAUGGUGAUGAACAAGCGAGGGCUCUGUAUUCACUAGGCUGUGGCAUCACGGAACCUUUAGGAUUGGUUGGUAGACAUCUCUAUGAUAAACCACCUUGUUCCUGUUGUGUGGAAUCUAUAAACCUCUUGGAUGAAACAUUGAAGCUUUGGUGUUGAACUGUAAAACACCAUGCGGAUAUCCUUUGAUGAUGAAACAAGUGAGGAUCCUUUCACGUAGAAAGGAACAAGUUAUUGUAUGUCCUUUGCAUUGUUCUACAUAAUGCUGUAUAGACAAUUUCUUUGAUUAAGGAACGAGCAAGGUACCCUCUAAUUUGUCAAAGGAACCAGCCGGCAUGCGUCCAUGGCUUGAUCUACAAAAUCUUCAAGACAAACUUUGGGAGUUACCAAGGUUCUGAAGAUCUUUGUGGACAAUUUGUGUGAAGGGAAACGUCAUUAAACUUGCUUCGCAUGGCACUCAACACUUUUCCAAGAGGAACUUUCACAGCUUCAGCCAUGUCCUCAAAGAGUGAUUUUUCAGAUGUUGUUUGACCCUAGCUGAACUCCACACUGUAGGUAGCUUUCUUUUUACACCAUUCAUUGUGAUGCUGAUGAUUGUAAAGGGAUACAAAUCCUGGAACUGUUGGAGUCAUAUUAAUGAAUGUUGAUGAAUUCAUAAAUUGGAUUAAAAGUGAUGAGAAAAAGGGACUAUAUACUGUUCAAGUUUUAGUGAUGAGAGAUUUUACAAAUUCCUAGUUGGUGGUCUAGGAAAGAGUAUGAAUCCAAAUUGAUUUUAAAGUUAGUCUCUCUUUUUUUGGAUAGUACAUACAUGUAGUAUGAAUAAUAAUAAAGAAGAUGUAUUAAAGAUGAUGUCAUUGAAUUAAGGAUAAUCAUCUAGUGACUAUUUGCAAUAGAAAAGACGCCACGAUAAUCUGUAGUGAAUUUUCAGAUCCUGUAAUUAAGCAGAACGUCAACAGGGACUAUGCAUCCUUUGAUUAUGCAAAGGGGAAGGACUUAUUAUUAUCAUUAUUUAUUCAUAAUUUUAACAAAAAGCAAUUUACAAAUUUUAAAGGGACUCCAAGCACACAUCACCAAUAAGAUCGCACAUUAUCUGGUUUCGUGAUGGGAAAAUGCCAUAUACAUACAUUGUAUGCUGUUAUCACAGACCCUUAAGAGAUAAAAGAAAAAUUCAUUUGAAAUAACAUUCAGUGUCCUGUGAGAAAUUAAUCCAGAGAAAAAAAUGGGCACAAACUCACACAACUUGUGUUGAUACUAAUUAUUAUCUCGGGAGAUGGUUGGUGUUUUCCUGUGCUAUAACAAUUCAUGCCUGUGGUAGCUUGCCAGUGGGGAAUUGAUAACCCAAUGAUUACUGUCUGAUGUAAUCCCCCAAGGCUGUAUGUUAGGCCCAUCUGGUGUCACUAGCCAAAGGGUUCAUGAAGCCAGCUUAUUCGGGAUCUGGAUUUAAAAUUUAUGGUGUAUUUUGGUAAUUCAGAAUAAUAUUCUAUUGAGUGGCAAUGAAAGAAAGGAAUGUUGGAGUUGAAAUUGAUUUUUCAGAAGGACGGGAGUUGUGGAAAAACAUGCAAGUUCAUGCAUGUACUGUAAGCUUCCCCAGCAAUUCACGAUUGGGCCGUUUCACAAAAUUA